UUAAAGGGCAUAGCGAAAAGGGAGGCGCCAUUAACGUAACUAGUCCUAUGAGACCGAACGGAAGUCCUUGUGCACAGGCCAGAGAGUAUUUUGGGAGCCGGAAAGAGACGGAAACCUUCUAGCCGAGCCGACAGCCGAAAACUCACGUGGCUGGCGAGCGCCCUGCUGUUUAAAGCGGAGGGUUCUGGAGCGCGCGGUGUGAGCGUCAGGGUUAGAGGUAUCCGAAACCCCUGCGUUGGUGUAGAACCUGAGACCGCGUGUGAGCCAUGGUGGGGAGAUCCCGGCGCCGCGGAGCGGCCAAAUGGGCAGCAGUGCGAGCCAAAGCAGGACGCGCCCCGGCGGACGAAAAUGAAGAUGAUUUAGAAUUGCCGCCUUCGCCAGGAGACUCCAGCUACUACCAAGAUCAGGUAGAUGAUUUCCAUGAGGCACGGUCACGGGCCACGUUGGCUAAAGGCUGGAGCGAAGUAGAGAGUGGGGACGAGGAGAAUGGUGAUGAGGAGGAGGAGGUGCUAGGCCUAGACAUUGCCGAUGAGGAUGAGGAGGAUGAGGAGGAUGAUGAAGAUGGAGCUAGUGCAGGGGAUGAAGGUAGCGAUGGUGAUGAUGAUGGUGGUGGGAGCUCCGUGCAGAGCGAGACUGAGGCCUCUGUGGAUCCCAGUUUGUCAUGGGGUCAGAGGAAAAAACUUUACUAUGACACGGACUAUGGUUCCAAGUCCCGAGGCCGACGGAGUCAACAAGAGGUAGAGGAGGAGGAAAGAGAGGAGGAAGAGGAGGCACAGCUCAUCCAGCAGCGCUUAGCGCAAGCCCUGCAAGAGGAUGAUUUUGGGGUCAGCUGGGUAGAGGCCUUUGCAAAACCGGCGCCUCGGGUGGAUGAGGCCGAGACACGGGUCGUGAAAGAUUUGGCGAAAGUUUCAGUGAAGGAGAAGCUGAAGAUGCUGCGGAAGGAAUCACCGGAGCUCUUGGAGUUGAUAGACGACCUGAAAGUCAGGUUGACAGAGGUGAAGGACGAGCUGGAGCCGUUGCUACAGUUGGCAGAGCAGGGGAUUAUUCCACCCGGAAAAGGGAGCCAAUACCUGAGGACCAAGUACAAUUUGUACUUGAACUACUGCUCCAACAUUACCUUUUAUUUGAUCCUGAAAGCUAGGAGAGUCCCUGCUCAUGGACAUCCUGUCAUAGAAAGGCUUGUUACCUACAGAAAUUUGAUCAACAAGCUAUCAAUUGUGGAUCAGAAACUGUCCUCUGAGAUUCGUUAUCUGCUCACACUUAAGGAUGGUGCUGGGAAGAAAGAACUGAAUCCAAAACCAAAAUCUACCAAGGCCAAGCCAAAGUCUGCUUUACAGACUUCUGCUGUCUCUGCUGUUACAGAGCUUUCUGAUGAUUCUGAUUUUGAUGAAGCAACUGCGCUGGAAUAUUAUAAAGAAGUAGAAGACAGGCAAAAGUUAAAGAGAAAGAAAGAAGAAAGCACUGAAGAACAAGCUCGUGAAGAUCAAAAUGCAAAGAGAGCCAUUACCUAUCAGAUUGCUAAAAAUAAAGGACUUACACCUAGGAGAAAGAAAAUCGAUCGCAAUCCCAGAGUGAAACACCGGGAGAAGUUCAGAAGAGCUAAAAUUCGCAGAAGAGGCCAGGUUCGUGAAGUUCGUAGAGAAGAACAGCGUUAUAGUGGUGAAUUAUCUGGCAUUCGAGCAGGAAUUAAAAAGAGCAUUAAGCUUAAGUAGUUUUUGCUUAGCUUAAGUGUUUUGGAUCAAUAAAUAUUUUAAAAUAAG